CCUUCUCCCCCACUUCAUUACCUCAACGGUUCCUUUCAGCCUUUCCGAUAUAAAUUACCUUCUGCCUAAUUCAUUCAUUUCUAAUUUCACCUCUAAAAAUUAAUAAUGGAACCAAACCCUAAUAAUCUUCGGACUAGUACUCCUACAGUUACUCAGCAUGUCACAAAGGCAUCCUCCGACCAACUCCUCCGUAAGUUCGCCGAUUCUGAAGACGAAGACGAAUACUCCCCGCCGUCCUCGGCUCGAAGGUCCCGUUCGGUCCGAGGUGGUCGGUCUCGUACAAGUCUCAACAAAAAGAGGAAACUUAUUAUUACAAUCACGAAUAAUAAUAAUUAUAAUGAUGAUGAAGAAGAGCAGGUGCAGAGUUUAAGAAUGGUAGAAAGGAAUUCACUUCUUCCUCAGUAUUAUACAAGGAAUCAUUGUUCUAAUUCGAAUUCCGCUUCUGCUUUUUUGCGUAAGCAUCUUCCUAUAACUCGUUCUCAUCAUCGUCAUCGUAAAUCUGCAAGGCAUUUUGGUACCAAUUCUACUUUUCUUUCUGCACUUGAUAAGACAUGGACUAAAGCUGUUAGAGGGGCAACCAAAAUUUUUAUGGAGAAGCAUUAUAGCCGUCAUCGAAUUUUGAUUGAUGAUAUUGUUUAGUUCUAUGUAUGAAGAAGAGCAUUCUGUAAAAAUAACCAAUUAUAUGUUAAUUAUUUAUUUUAUUAAUUAAUUAUUAUUUUUUAUUUUUUUUUGUUGUUAUCCACUAUCUUAUUGUA